ACUAGAGGACGGAGGUUUUGAAAAGACCCGACCCAGAGAGGAAGAACGUUUUUUUUCAGCUUGCAGACCGGAAGGAGGAGAGUCGCUGAGAGGGAGACCUGGGUGGGACUCCGGGCAGCCGGCCCUGGCAUCUGGAGGUUUCCUUCGCUGGCCGGGCUCAUCGCGCGUGUUUCAGUUCAUCCUGUCGCCGAGCAGCUUCUCCUGACAGCCCCCACCGUUCCCCGAGAAAGCUGGGCGAGGGGAUCCUGUCGCCAGCCUGCACAGAGAAAGCCCAGCAGCCCCACCGCAGACGAGGGCACCAGCUCUUUAGUUUCCGGCCGGAGGACAGCUGCGCCCGAAGCCGGGCUGCGUGCAGACGCGGCCGGUUGGGAGCAGUCGCUUCCUGCGGGGCAAGGAGGGGGCAGGAGGUGGCCGUACCCGUGUCGCCGACGCCGCCGGAGGCUGCACCUGACCCGGAGGAUGCCCAGGAGCUUGCCGGAGCCUGCCCGGAUCAGAACUUUGUAGGCUGUUCGCCCCCAUCCCCUCAGUCCCUGGGCCGCGUACCGGCAGGUGGGGGCCAAGGGGGCGCCGCCGCGAGGCCCCCUGCUGUCUCCCUCCCCCCUUGGCUCCGCCGCCCGCCGCUUUGUUCGGGGCGCGAGGAGGGAAGGCGAGGCUGCGGCGGAUCAUGCCCAUGGUGUAGCCGCGAAGCGGAGGCAUGGCUGCCGGAAGGUUACUGCUCUACACGGGCCUCUCGCUAGCGCUCUGCGCCCUCGGCAUGCUGGCCGUGGCCAUCUGCUCGGACCACUGGUACGAGACGGACGCCAGGAAGCACAGGGACAGGUGCAAGGCCUUCAACACCCGCCGGGUCGACCCUGGCUUCAUUUACAACAACAACAACAACUUGCCGCUGCGGGCGAGCCGCUCGCGCCUGGACCGCUGGGAGGGCAAACUCCUCCGGGCCCGCAAUCGCCGGCAGCUGUUCGCCAUGAGCCCCGCGGACGAGUGCAGCCGGCAGUACAACUCCACCAACAUGGGCCUCUGGAGGAAGUGCCACCGGCAGGGCUUCGACCCCGAGAUCGAGGCCCUCAUUCGGAAAGGAGAAAUCGAACGGUGCACGUACAUCAAAUACCACUACUCCUCCGCCACCAUCCCCAGGAACCUCACUUUCAACAUCACGAAGACCAUACGUCAGGAUGAGUGGCACGCCCUGCACUUGCGCAGGAUGACAGCUGGCUUCAUGGGCAUGGCGGUGGCCAUCAUCCUCUUCGGCUGGAUCAUCGGCGUCCUGGGCUGCUGCUGGGACCGAGGCCUUAUGCAGUGUGCCGGGCUUCUCUUCCUUAUGGGAGGAACCUUCUGCAUCAUUUCACUGUGCACCUGUGUGGCCGGGAUCAACUUUGAGCUCUCCCGCUACCCACGCUACCUGUACGGACUCCCGGAUGACAUCAGCCAUGGCUAUGGAUGGUCCAUGUUCUGUGCAUGGGGGGGCCUGGGCCUCACGCUCAUCUCGGGGUUCUUCUGUACCUUGGCCCCUUCUGUCCAACCUGUCCCGAGGACCAACUGCCCUAAAUCCAGACCCGAGAACGGGACAGUGUGCUAAAAAACAAACCCAUACAUAUAUAUAUAUAUAAAUAUAUAUAUAAUAUACAUAUAUAAAACAAAACUAAACCAAGACGAUGCCAGUGCCACGGCAGAGUUGAGUUGGCUCAGGCACCCACAUCUCGUCGGACUGUGUGCCGCCUCAUCGCCGAGAUGGGGAAGGCGUCCCCAUCCUGUGGCUCUUCCAUCGGUUCUUAACUUUGGGCUCCAUGGUUUCUUGAGGACAGCGUGACCGUCACCACUCGCGAUAGCGUCUUGAUUCCCGUCACUCACGAGGACGGGGUGGUGGGCUGGAAAGGGACGGGGCCAGUGGUCUGGAGUGGCACCGACGUAGAGAAGGCCAUGCCCCCCACGGGGCCGAGAGGAGAGUCACCACCCCGGCACCGGCCAUGUCGCAAACAAAGCCCUUAGUGCAUAGAAUGUCACCACGUCUUUGAGGCCAUGUGGUGAGCCGCUUCUCCUCGCGCUCGUCCUGUUCUGACUUCCUUCCUGGCCCACCAGCGACACAUGGAAAGUGGCAGAGAAACCAAGAAGGAAGUUUUCUCUCUGCUGCCAAACUGUUGGACCAAGUAGUAGAAGUGGGGGCGAGGAGGGAACAGUGUGCUGACAGGCAAGGUCCGGUCAAUCAAAAGACCCUUCAGAGGAUGCUCAGAACACCCAGUCGUACCUUCCAGCUGCCUUACACCCGGUUAAACAAGAGGCUGCUCUGCCCACACCCCCCCCUGCACCCCCCGGGCAGAAGGGAGCCUUGGAGUAACGCUGUGAUGUGCGUGUGCGUGCGUGCGUGCGUGCGUGUGUGUGUGUGUGUGUGUGUGUGUAACUACUCCGGGUGGUUUCCUUUUUUUCUUUUCACCGUUUUAAAUGCAAAUCCUGCAUUGUGACCUCUGUCUGUCUAUGCUUCGUGGUGGUUUCACGGCCCAACAUCCAGGAGGAGUAAUGAGGGGCGAGCCCAUAUGGGUGCCAUUUCUGCAGCUUCCGGUCCCCGGAGUGUGUGUGUGUGUGUGUGUGUGUGUGUGUGUGUGUUUUCUGAGUGUGGGGUUGUAUCGUUUGUUGCAUUUUUCUGUUAUUUUUAGUGCAGCUGAAUUUCCCAGAGGGCAGAACCAAGAACACAGCUGCUGGGCAGAGGCUCCUGUGGUUCUUUCCAUCACAGUUGUGGGACGUCACAGGACUUAGUCCUCUAACUUUGGAAGUUCAAGACACAGCUGGGCACAAAAGCCACGAGAGAAGCGGGGGAGCACGGUUCAGCAGGGAGGAGGAAUGUGGCCUCUGUGGCUGUUGUACAAGUCCGUCUACCGCACGAGACCUUUUCCUCCCCAUCGUGGAAGCUGCCCUUCGUCACUGGACAUCUACCCCUUUUCUAGGGGCGACUUCUGUACAGAUGCAAGAAAAUGGGUCACAUGCCGAGAGAGUACCUCCAUGUCCCACGGGCUCGAGUUUGUAUGAUAGUGUGUAAAUUCACGGAGAACUCUUGACUCUUUCCAUCUUCUUCCUUUUCCUCUUGAUAUUCAAGGCCAUGAAUCCCCAAAUCGCCGUCGUAGUGGCUAGUGCCCAAACACGUGGCGGAAAGCCAGCCCAGUGUCUCAGGCUCGUGUGAGCAGGUUGGCACUGCAGGUGAUGCUUGCUCCGAAGUCAGCCAGAGGGUGGUGAAAGCUGUAGGGGCAGGAGUCUGCCCGAAAGAGUGGGCAGGAGCAGCUGACGGUCACCUCAGUAACACCGCUGGGCUGAGCAGCCCUGGGGAGGCAAGGAGAGAGUCCCCCGGCUGUAUAGCCGUGGGUCAGCCAUGCAGCCGAGAAUUCAGCUGCUUCAGAAGUAAAUACGCUCUGGGAACUUGGCGCGCUACCCGGCAGCCUUUCUU